AUGGCCGGCGCUUCGGCAUCCACGGAGCGCAUGUUCACACGACUUUUGGCCUACUGCGGCAACGCCGAAACGAUGGGGUUUGUGCCGCAAAAUGCUCACAAACUCGUCGCAAUCCCGAACGGAAAUCGAUCGAUUCUCGAUCUAAUCUCGCGCAAAGUUCUCGUCGAAGUCGAGGGCGGCGGAUACCGAUUCCCGGCAUGCAUCAUGGGCGUUCGCGAAGAGCUGCCGAGAGGCCCAGCAGUCCCCAUCGAUGCCUGGACCAUCGUCCGUCGCAUCAUCCCCGCCGAACAUUCCUCGGCCACGAAAACAUCGUUGGCGUUGGAGGUGUCCGCGCUCCUCAAGCAAGGCACCACCGAAACCGACGUCACCGCGGCCUUGGAAAUCUGGCUCGGGAAACCAGGCCUCGGACCGAAGGUGCUUCCGCAUCUGCUGUCCGACGUGAUCCGAGAUCGAACAGCACCACCGACCAGUCGAGAAGCGGCAGCGGUAAUCGCGCACAUCGCGCUCGUCCAUCGGCGUACAGCGCCGAGACCGGCGAACAACGAGGAGGCGAUUGCGUUGGCGAAGUCGUGGGCGAGAGUGUUUUCGCAGCACAACUUGGAGCUCCCGGAUUUGUUGGCGGCUGUGGAGAAGCGGGCCGCGGAUGAGGGCAUUGCGUGUACGCAAGUCUCGUUGUACGCUCGCAAUUAUCGCCCGCUGCAACGGGCUCAAAUCGGAAGGAAUGUCAUGACUGUUCUCGCUUUUCGUUCGCGUGGCCGGCACCGCACAGGUGUUCCCGCGCUUGAACUCAUCGCUUCACGUAAGCCCGCCACUGUGAAUGCUCCGGUGUGCGGCAACUGCACUUCCAUCAACCUCAGCGCGCACACAGAUCCCGGGUUCGGUGACUAUUUCGUGUGCGAGGACUGCAUGACGCAGCUCGACACAGACGGCGGUCGGAUA